AUGGUUGAUCCAUCGAGGGAAGUCCACGUGCGUUUUCUUUCCAUGCUUAUUACAAAGGCAAGGGAAUGGAAACCCUCAAUUAGGUCGAGCGACAACCGUCGGGACGUAGAGGAGGAAGGCGUCGAUGGCCUCGAGGAGGAGGACUCGCCGCCAGACGGCCCUGGUGUUGCUGGAGGGGCGGGGGCAGGGGCAACCCCUAACAGCGUGCCGGACACGACAGGCGGGAACGAGCAAGGGGGGACCAGGUGUCCUUGCCAUGACUGCAACUACGAGUGCUGCCUGCUCGCGCAGCAGCACCGCCGCCCCAUCGACGUGGACGCCAUGGCCAUGGAGCUGCGCAUGUUCGUGGCCAGCCAGGAGCGGAUGGCGCGCGACGUGCAGCGGUACCGCGAGCAGCGCGCGGGGGUGGCGCCGUCGCACCGGGGUGGCGGCGGCGGGGGUGGCGGGGGCGGGCCGCCCAGUGACAGCAGCACGGACCAAUACCACACCGUGGCCACCUGUCUGGACGACCUAGCGCGCCGCGCGCCCACCGAGUCCUGCGAGCACCUGGCCGGCACCCUGGGGGAGCUGGCGCUGCUGCGCGCCGCGCUGGGCCCCGUCGUGGACUCGGUGCUUGUGUCCGACCUGCACCGCCUCCGGGAUCUGCGGCGGCGCACGGGCACGCCGUCGGCGCCGGCCUCCCUGUCGUCCGACGGCUCCAUCGUCCCCAUGAGCGCCCAGGAGCCUCACCACACGGACGGCCACCCUUCUCGCGGCCGCUUCGUCACGUUCCCGUCCGAGGCGCGGCCCGACGCGCGCCUGGCGGACGAGUGGCGGGCCGUGGACGUGGAGCGGGCCAGCGCGGGCACGGCCUGCAAGUCCGGCUCCAGCGUGCAGCGCUCGCGCUCCCGAUCGCGCGUCACCCUGGCGUCCCUGGCGUCCGUCGGGGCGGUGGGCGCCACUUCAGGGCCUUGCAGCGGCGGCAGUCGCCGGUCGGCGGACUCGGGUCUGGCGGAGAGUGACGUCAGCGCCCCGAGCUACCCGUCAGUCCCGUCAGGCGGGGCGGAGAGCUUGGACCAGUCCGGGGACGUCCUGCGCGACGCCGACAAGACCCUGUCCGAGGACGUCCUUCGCAACGCGGAGAAGACCCUGAGCAUGGAAGCCGCCGACCUGCGCCGCAGCCUGCGCGAGGACUUCAAGGAGGACCUGGGCACGUGCGCCUUCUUCGGCAGCCGCAGGCCGAGCGGCGACCGCGCCCGAGGCUCCCGCGGGUCGGGGCCGCUCAUGCCCGAUGACGGCGCCGUGCCGACGGCCCUGGGAAGCGACGACGGGCUGGGGGGCGCCACGGGCGGCGACUGGGAGGCCGCGCAGGACAUGGGGGAUGUCUCGCCCCCCAGGAUGCUGUCUAUCGACGAGGAGGACAUGGACGAAGACGUCAAGGCGCUUCGAGAGGAGAUUGACAGGAACGCUGGCGCCGCCGCCGCCCCGGCCAAGGAGCUCUACACCGCGCAGGUGGAGCCGCAGAGGAGCGAGUUGCACCUGGUGGAGGACGGCGACCUGGAGGACCUGGAGGACGGUACAUUCGAGGAGCGCUACACCACGCACGCUGCGGGGGAGGGGGAAGCGGGAGGGGUGGGGCAGGAUCCGAGACAGGGAGGCACCUUGCCGGAGGACGAGGAGGAGGAGGAAGAGGAGGUUGGAGGCGUGGACAUCUUCGAGUCGACCGUGUCCGUGUCCGCGCCGCCGAGCCAUGUGGCGGAAGCUGCGGAGCCGGAAAGAUCCCCAACCCCAGACCAGAAGCCUGCAGACGUCUCGCCAACAGCAAAGGCAGAAGUGAAGCCUCCAGCGGCUCCAGCUGGACAAUCCGCACAGAUUCCACCUGGCCAAACCUCUGGGACGGCACAAGCGCAGGCGGAGGAGCCGCCGCCCAGGGCGGUGGCGGGGCAGGCCCCACCGCCAGUGUCUCGAGACACCACCGCGGUGGCGGCCACGCAGAGUGCCGUGGGCACAGCGUUGGUCAGGAUCGUGUCCAGCCCGUUCCAGAUCGCCAGGGCUCUGCUGGGCCCCGCCGUGCACUUCCGGCCGCCCUCCAAGGACGCCAUCCCGCGCUGCCACCAGGCCGUGCCCCAGGCCGUGCCCCAGGCCGUGCCCGCAGCGCCGUCCCCGUCGCGGCCCACGCUGGACUUCCUCCGCGGCGGCCUGCACUGGCCCGACCUGAGCUUCGUGUUCGGCCGCACCAUCCACCAGGCGGCGGCCGACUCGAUCCGGGCGGUGACGGUCGCCGUCACGGCCACGGAGGCGGAGCGCCUCUCCCGGCCCAAGGUGCGGGGCCGGUCGUGCUCAGCUAUCAGCGCCAUCGGCCACGUGGCCACCGUGCCGGAGCAGUCUUCGGAGGAGGAGUGAGCUGGGGAAGUCCCCGCGCAUCGUCACUCUCAGUCUGUUUGAGUAGGGCUCGGGAAAUGAGUGAAAAAGAGUUGUCGA